UUGAUCACCUAUCCUAAGAACCAAUCAUUGUCCAGGUAGUUGGUCAGGGAUGUGUAUAUAUACUCUGGGUUUCUCAGUAAGAUUCCUACCAGUCUUUGGUGCCUUUUGGAAGUGUUGACCACUUUGCGAUUUUUUGGACGAAUUACUCUGCUCCUUUUUCAUUUGCCUGCUUGUAUCUUCUAUCAUCAAUCUUCUAUCUACAUUACUCUGCUCUUUCUACCACUCUUUUACCAUUCAUCUACUUAUAUCUUCUAUCUCUCUAUCUUCUAUCUCUCUAUCUUCUCUCUCUCUCUAUCGUCUAUCUACUUUACCUACCAGUAGGUAGUAUAACUACCUAUCUAGGUAUAUAAUUCACCUCUGUCUUUCUUUUUUGAGACAUUUUUAUCUACGUUUACGUUACACGAGAGAAAAAUGAGACCCAGAAGGAUUUGUCCUGAAAAGGAAGCCUUGCAAUUUAUUGCAUCUGGGAAGGAUAAAGACACAUUUGAGAAGAAAUUCAUCAAUGAGGAGAAAGGUUAUGGGGUAUUUGCCAACAAAAACAUUGAGCCAGGAGAAUUCUUGCUCGAGUAUGUUGGCAGACACAUCACUGGCCCGGAAGGAGAGGACCUGUUCAAAGAGUACGCGGAUGUAGAUGCAGCAUUUUUGUAUUUCUACUCCUUUCAGGGGCAGACUUUCUGUGUUGAUGGCAGUAAGACUACAGAAAGACUUGGAAGAUUCAUAAAUGACGAUCACAUCAACCCAAACAGCAAAAUUAAAAUAAUACUGGACGAACAGAAAACCCCGCAUCUGUGUGCAUUUGCAAUCACAAAAAUAAACGCAGGAGAAGAAAUUGUGUAUGACUACGGAGACCCUAACUGUCCAUGGCGACAUGAAUCUCGAUGGAAGAAGUCAUUUGAAAAUCUUGACUCCAAGCCUGGCAUGAUGAAAAUUGAUGGCCUCACUUUCAACACAACAAUGAAGAUUGCAAAUGGAUGCAAUGCUGCAGAGAUUUUCGCGGGACUCUAUCAGAACCGUCUUGUGGCAGUGAAACGAGUUGCCAAACAUAUUUCCAAACAUGAACUAGAAAUGGCUUAUUUUCUGUGUUCAGGAAAUUUACAAGGGCAACAUCUUUUGCAACCCAUUGCAGUGUUGGAAGACACUUACUUUGCUUAUUUUGUCUCCCCUCUCUGUGAAUACAGUCUGCUCGAACUGAUUGAAAACAAGAAUUUCCCAGCGAGACAAAGCCUGACUGAGAAUCAAAGACUGAAGAUCUGCCAGGAGUUAUUGCUGGGACUUCAGGAACUCCACUCACAUGGCAUUCUGCACAGAGAUCUGAAGCCUAAAAUAUUUUGUUUGAUAUCAACAAUAAACUGUAUAUCGCAGACUUUGGAGCAAGCCGCAAACUGGAUUUUGCACAAACCACAUUGUUUUCCCAAAUGGCUGGAACUUUGUCUUGGUGCAGUUUUGAGGAUGUUGGAGACAUAAAAUCCAUGUACAAGAAGGAAUCAGAUAUCCAAGUAGCGGGGUGCUUGGUGCAUUACAUCCUGACAGAUGGGCUUCAUCCCUUUCAAACCAAGACACCCUACUCUGAUGAUCCAUAUGGGAUUUCUAACAAUGUCAGAACAGGCAACUUCACUCUUCAAUGUGAAGAAAGAUGUAUGAACCAAAAAGAUAUUCUGACCAGAAUGCUAAGUAAGUCGUAUGAAGAACGUCCAACCCUGGAAGAAUGCCUUCAGGCUGUCACGUGUUUCAUACAUCGGUCUGAUUAUACCGGAAUCACAAACAACACUGCCAGUGAGAGUGAUGAAGCUAGGACCCAGGGCAUGUUGACCUCAAUGGGGAACGGAGAAACGCCAGAACAGCAGGAUUUUAUACCAGUGGAAACCAAUAGCAACCCUGAAAACCCUGAAAAUAACGAUAGAGCCCAUACAGAAAAUUUCUCUCUCCAACCACCAGAGGAGAUGGACUGCAGAGAGUUUAGUGAGUGAUCACCUAGAAAUUACUGGCCGUGACUUGAUGGAUUCAUCUGUGUCAACUGAAGAGGAAUUAUCUGAGUGUGAAAUGACCACUGAACAAGGGGUUUCUCUUUCCCUGGAAAUGUCAGAUGAAGAAGAGGAAGAACAACAAACAGUAGAAGAAGAAAUCGGAGGAAAAUCACCUUCAAGAAUCAGAAAAGCAAUGGAUCGCAAUGCCCAUGGUGAUAACCAUCAGCAACAUAAUAUGCGCAAUCUUCUUUUAAGUAAAAUAAGAAACAUGGGUAAUUACCACCACAAUUGCGCAGUCCUGUCCUCUGGCAAAGGACAAAUAAUUCCCAAAAGACAAGCAAUCUACCCAUCAGCAGCAUCUGACUACCUGCCUUGCAAGUUUUGUUUUGCAAUGUAUGUCAGA